UCGUUUUCACAACGCGCGACGCACGUGUUCACAAGGAUUUCAGUUCGCCGCCUCUUGCGUUAUUUUUUACGUCAUUUCAUGAAGAUUUAUGAAACCAUUAAUUUUGCCCAAGCGUGGAUAAAAAAAAAAUGUAUACAAAAUUUGUGAGUGAGUGAGUGAAAAGUGCUGAACCCAAAAGAGCGGCAAUGAAAUCGUAGAAAUGUCCAGCCAGGCGGGUAAACUGCGACCGGGUUCGUCGACCAAACCCGAUCGCAAUGCCAACGAGGAGAACCAACUGGGCGCCAAGCCCAAGGGCCAAAGAACUGACAACCAUCAGCAGAGUCAACAGAAGUCAGUGCCGCAUGCCAACUAUAUGGAACUGGAGUUCCUGCCCACGGAGCCCACGACAUCGGGUCAGAAUGCCACAUAUCCGGAUCUGCCGGUUAGCUAUGCCACUUGUCUGGUGGGUCCGCCACCUUAUAGAGAACCACCGCCGCCGACACCACCGCCCCUUUCCCAAAUGCCCUCGCGUCUGCUGCACUCUGCCCCAAAUACUCCGAGCCGGGGCAAGGUCGUUCUGAGCAAAAAGGAGCGCAAGGAGCUGAGCAAGCAGCUGGGCAUCGAUGAGGCCUCCAUACUGAGCAGCAGUGCCCAAUCAAGUCCCUACAAAGGACGAGUGAGUGAGCUGAAAAACUGCAUUGCCCGCGGCCUCUUUGCCACCCUGCAUCGCGGCUCGCAGAAGUCCUUGCAACAGCAGGAGGAGCGUCCAAUUAGCCAGGAAAUAUCGCCACCACCGCCGGCUCCGGAAUCAGCGAACAAUAAUGAGGACGUGGCCGAUUACUCCGAGAAGCUGAAGAAUCUGCCAGUGAGACAACGCAAAGCUGCCACCUCGCAUAUGGAGAACUACUGCCUGUUCGAUCCGGUGGACUUCAUCAACGAAAAAGCCAUGAGAUAUCCUAGUUCCAAUUCGCAUGGCUUGCGGGAUCCCCUCUUCAGUUCUAGGCAGCAUUUAGUUUGCGAGGACGAAGAUGAAAUGGUGCCGGAGGUCAUUUACGACAAUGAGGAGCUGGAGCUAGAGGAAACGAUUAUCAUAGAAACUUCUGGCAUGCCAGAAGCCGAAUCUGAAGCAGAACCCACACCCAAAACUUCAGAGAUCCUUUCCAGCUUUGAUCACCACAACUAUUUUAUCAUUGAACCGGGUGACUUUUCUCUGGACAUUGGGAUACCAAAUCCUUAUACCAACGAACAGCUGGUGAAUGCCAAACUGGAGCAGCAGAAUUUGGAAAAGCUGUUCAAUGAACUGGAAAACACAGCUAGUAUGUCGAAUAGUCAGGAGUCCAAGGAUACGGAAACCACUUCAACUGCCCUUGUUGAGUCCUCCACCUCCACGAAUUCUGCCAGUUCAGCAGGCAGCUGUUCUCUGCCAAAUCCCGCCCAGCAAUCGAUGAAGAAAAAGCUGACCUUUCUGAACCUUUCACCUUUUCGAAGUGGCAAAAAGUCCAGCAAUAAAGAUGCCUCUGAACAGCAGAGGGCCAUAUCCGAGUUGGUCAGUACGGAUCACAUGUUGCACCUGCAACAACUUUUGCAGCAGCAGCGAAAGGAUCAAAGAUCGCACACAGUUCCCACGGAGUCCAACUAUGUGUUGUUCAAUCCUGGCCCAGUGCCCAGUCGUCAUGUCCAGUACAAAAUACGGAAGCCACGACCUCUUUCAACUCACAGCGAUGCGGACAGUGGAUUUCUAUCGCCUUGCUCGCCCGACGAACUGAGGGCCAAUCCGGCCAUCCUGGUGCUCCAGCAGUGCGACAGUGUCCAAGGAUACAUGGAGAUUUACACAGACUGGGCAAACUAUUAUUUGGAACGUGCCAAAUCGAAAAGAAAAGUCACAGAUCUCUCCGCCGAUUGUCGGGAUGGACUUUUAUUGGCCGAGGUUAUUGAGGCGGUCACCAGCUUCAAGGUGCCCGAUUUGGUCAAGAAGCCGAAAAAUCAACAGCAAAUGUUUGACAACGUCAACUCGUGUCUGCAUGUGCUGCGCAGUCAGUCGGUCGGCGGCUUGGAGAACAUCACCACCAAUGACAUCUGUGCCGGUCGCCUGAAAGCCGUCCUCGCCCUUUUCUUCGCCUUGAGUCGCUUCAAGCAGCAGGCCAAGCAGACCAAGUCCAUCGGAGUCGGUUGCGGCGGCGGCGGCGGGGUGGGCUCCUCCUCGACUCUCACCGGCGGCUCGGUCCUCGGAAUCGGAGUGGGCGGCGGCCUCAGGACCCCGGGAUCCACGCUUCAGGACAAGAAUCAGCAGGAGCAGCAGCAACAGCAGCAGACACCGCAACAAUUGGCCCAGUCAGUGGAGAACGGCAAUGAAAUGGUGAACCGACAAAUUGCCCCCGCCUAUGCAAAGGUCAAUGGCGGCACUGCCAUUCCGCUUCCUGCCACCGUGAUGGUGCAACGUCGCUGUCCGCCAGACAAAGUGCGUCCACUGCCACCCACACCGAAUCACACGCCAUCGAUACCGGGCCUGGGGAAGAGCGGAAGUGAUUUCAACUCGAGCCGUCCAAACAGUCCGCCCACCAGCAAUCACACGAUCCAGAGCCUCAAAAGCGGUAACAAUAACAGCCUUCGACCGCCGAGCGUGAAGAGUGGCAUUCCGUCGCCGAGCAGUCCGCAAACCGCUCCGCAGAAGCACUCGAUGCUGGACAAGCUGAAGCUCUUCAACAAGGAGAAGCAGCAGAAUGCGGUGAACGCGGCCUCGGUGGCUAGCAAGUCGCAGAUCCAGUCGAAGCGGACCUCCUCCUCCUCGGGCUUCAGUUCCGCCCGCUCGGAGCGAUCCGACUCCAGUUUGAGUCUGAACGAUGGCCACGGCUCCCAGCUGAAGCCGCCCAGCAUCAGCGUGAGUUCCCAGAAGCCGCAGCCCAAGACGAAGCAGUCGAAGCUGCUGGCCGCCCAGCAGAAGAAGGAGCAGGCCAACAAGGCCACCAAGCUGGACAAGAAGGAGAAGAGUCCGGCGAGGUCCUUGAACAAGGAGGAAUCCGGCAACGAGUCGCGCAGCUCAACGAUGGGCAGAACCGGAAAAUCCUCUCUGGUUCGUGGAAUUGGUGGAGUGGAGAAGAACACUCCGAAGACCGCAUCCAAGUCAUCGCUGCACUCGAAGUCGGAUUCGAAGAGCUCUUUGAAGGCGCCGCAGCUGCUCCAGAGUCCCAGUGGUGGUGGAGGUCUGCCCAAACCCAUUGCCGCCAUCAAGGGAACGAGUAAGUUGCCCUCCUUGGGAGCAGGAGUUGGUCAUCCUCCAUCGACUCCAGAUGGGCAACCAAAUCAACAGCUGCUGAAGCGGGAAACCAGCGACAUAUCCUCGAACAUAUCGCAACCACCGGUGGUUGAGCCACCACCGGGCAACGCACAUAUCCCACCACCUCCCUACUACUCGAAUAGUCAGCCACAUCCGCAGUCACAUCCACAGCCAGUGGGUCACAUAUCAUCGCACGGGUAUCUGAGUGAGCCUAGUACUCCGCAGCACAGCUCGGGAAUCUACGGCAGCAGUCGCCUCCUGCCACCCAAGUCCGCGUUGAGUGCUCCUCGAAAGCUGGAGUACAACGCGGGACCACAUAUACUGGCCUCACCACCGCACCAUCAGCGGCAGGGAUUGCCGAGACCGCUGGUCAACUCGGCUCCGAAUACACCCACUGCCUCCCCGAACAAGUUCCACACGAUUCCCUCGAAGAUCGUGGGCACCAUUUACGAGUCCAAGGAGGAGCAGCUGCCACCACCACCGCCAUCCGCCUCCAGUGGCAGCACCAUUCUGCCCAUGAGACCGCUGCUGAGGGGCUACAACUCCCAUGUGACCCUGCCCACGAGGGGAGCACGCGGUGGCCACCACCCACAUCAGUCGUACUUGGACUUCUGCGAAUCGGACAUUGGCCAGGGUUACUGCAGCGACGGGGAUGCCCUGAGAGUGGGUAACUCCCCUGGCUCGUCUCGGUUCCACGACAUCGACAAUGGCUACCUCUCGGAGGGCAGCAGUGGUCUCAGUGGAGCCAGUUCCUCCGGCGGAGGCAUCUCCCAUGGAAAGCACUUCCUCAGCAUGAUGCGGGCUCGCACCCAGUUGCCCACAACCAUUGAAGAACGUAUUCGCAAUAGUCGCGGCUCCUUGGACAGCAUUGGAACCGCCGCGAACGGCAGCUCAGCGGCGAGUCAGGCGAGCUCCAGCGGCGGCUCCACCACCACCCACGCUCACGCCCACAACAACAACAACAAUAAUAACAACAACAAUAACGGAGGAGUCGGUAAAAUGGAUGGAAGUCCCCAUCACAGGCCAGGAUCACGAAAUGGACGGGACAACUGGAGCAAGAUGCCGGAACCGCUCAACGGGCAGAAGGGGGAAAAGUCGGAGAAGUCAUCGCCAUCGAGACGAAGUUUGGGCGGCGGCGGCGGUGGGAGUGGGAGCUCCUCCAAACAGGGAUCCCCCUCCUCCUCGUCGCGAACCAAAGGAGUGCCGCCCAGCUUUGGCUAUGUGAAGCGGGCCAAUGGAAGCAUUGCCUCCACUGCCGAGCAGCAGAACAUUGCCAUGAUGAUGGCCGCCGGUGGAGCGGCAGUUAAUGGUCUCCCAUGUGGACGUACCGCUCACGUUUCGGCGGUUCCGAGGACCGCCAGCGGUCGCAAGGUCGCCGGCGGUACUCAAACUCUGCCCAAUGAUAUGAAUAAGCUACCCCCAAAUACCCAACAUCGUAGCUUUUCGUUGACCGGACCAACGGCCACCCAACUGAGCCAAUCCAUUAGAGAGCGUCUGGCCACAGGAUCACAUAGUUUGCCAAAACCCGGCAGCGAUUUGCAUGUUUUUCAGCACAGGAUAUCUAACCGCGUAGGAGCUCGUCACGAUGGUUCUCUUUCGGAUACGCAAACCUACGCGGAGGUCAAGCCGGAAUAUAGCUCAUACGCCAUGUGGCUGAAGCACAGCAAUACGGCUGGAAGUCGCUUGUCCGACGGAGAGUCCGGGGAGCAGCUGCAGAUCGGCUCACCGGCGAUGACCCGACAUGGUCACAAGAUGAUCCACAAUCGAUCAGGACCUCCGGGUCAAAUGGCGGGUCAAAUGUCGGGAAAUGAGUCGCCCUACGUGCAAAGUCCUCGAAUGAAUCGAAGCAACAGCAUAAGAUCCACGAAAUCCGAGAAAAUGUAUCCCUCGAUGCUGAGUCGCGGAGGCGAGGUGGAAAUCGAGCCGUACUAUUGCUUGCCCGUCGGCACAAACGGCGUUCUCACCGCCCAAAUGGCAGCUGCCAUGGCGGCUCAAUCGCAGGCGGCGCAGGGCAAUCCGGGGGUGGGCGUCAAUGUGGGGGGCGUGGCAUGGAGCCAGCCCACCUCCCCGACGCCCCUCACCCGGGGACCCUUCAAUUCAGCAGCAGCAGCAGGUGCCGCCUCGGUUCUAUCGCCCACCCAUGGAGCCACUUCAGUCGCAGGACUCGCGGGCCCUGGCGGAGGAACAGGCGGCGCGAUGGUCGGACAUCGGCUCACAUAUCCCAAGAAAAAUGACGAAGUUCACGGCAGUGCCGCCUCCUUGUUGUCCGGGGGCAGCUCCUUGUACGGAAACGCGGAGGAAAGGCAGGCGCACGAGAUCCGGAGGCUGAAGCGCGAACUGCAGGAUGCACGGGAUCAGGUGCUCAGUCUGAGCAGCCAGCUGUCAACCAAUGCCCAUGUGGUGACCGCCUUCGAGCAAUCGCUGUCCAACAUGACCAACCGAUUGCAGCAAUUGACGGCGACGGCGGAGCGCAAGGAUGGCGAGCUGACGGACAUGCGGCAGACCAUCGAGCUGCUGAGGAAGCAGUCCAUCCAGGCGGGACUGACCACGGCGCACAUGCAGAGCAUGGGUGUCCAGACCCAGGGUCAGAAUCAGGCGGGUCAAGGUCAGCCGGGAAUGGACCAAAAGCCACCGCAAUCCGGAGCCCCACGACCCAUAAAUCCAAAUAAUCCGAAUGGAAAUAUGACCCUUGGAAUGCAGCGGCAACACAGCACCGAUUCCAUGUGCUCCCUGAACUCCAUCAGUUCGGGUUGCUCGGCGGCGCAGGACAAGAACAAGGCCAACAAGAAGAAGGGCUGGUUGCGGAGCAGCUUCACCAAGGCCUUCUCCCGCAACGCCAAGAUUUCGAAGACGAGUCGUCAUGUCGGUCAUCACCACCAUCACCACAAUCAGUCGCACCAGGAAUUGGCGGUGGGCAAGGUGCCCCUGACCAAUGGUCAUGGUGAACCCUUGGGCUUGGCCUCCUUGGCCACCCAACCUGCUCCUCCGCUGCCAAACAGCAAGCAGAGCAGUCCCGCCAAGGCGGUGACUCUCAUCGAGAACGCCAAGCCCAUCGAUGCCAUCGAACAGGAGGAUCUGCAGGUGGAGGAGCUCAAGAAGCAGCUGCGCGAAAAGGAUCUCGUCCUGACGGACAUUCGAUUGGAGGCCUUAAGCUCAGCUUCCCAACUGGAGAGCCUCAAGGAGAUGAUGAAUAAGAUGCGAGCGGAGAUGAUGUCGCUGAAGCACAACAACGAGAGGCUCCAAAAGCUGGUGACCACUCGAUCGCUGGCUGGUUCGGAGGCCAGUUUGGGCCAGGCCAUCAGCCCGAAUGGGUCGGUGGCCGGAAGUUCCGAAGUCUCCAGAAGGUAUUCCCUGGCGGAUGGCAGCAAUCGCCCGCCCAUGGAACUCCCUGCUCGCCUCAGCGAGGAACUUGAACUGGAGGAGGAGUGCCUGCCACCAGCUCCUGCUCCCGAACCUCCACCACCGCCAGCUCCAAAUGGAGUGGGCGUGGCUCCCCUGAGUCCCAGCACCCACAUAGAUCUGACACCACCUCCUCCAGCCUUGGAAUCUGCUCCCUUGGCGAGUCCCGCUCACAUGGCCAGUGCCACUGAGGAACUCGCGGAUGUGUGCGAUGGCAAGAAGAUAGCCAUUGCCUGCUAUCUGGGGCAACCGGAGGCCUUUGCCAAGUACUGCGAGGAGCUGCAGGAACUGGAUGGCUUCUAUGCCAAUGGCCACGAGGCGGAUGCGCAAUCCCAGAGCGAAAGGAAGCCCAAUUAUGCCAGUGCCAGUUGCAAUGAGUUCGUCAUCGCCUGCACUUAUAUUUCUGGCAAGACCACCUGGCAGAAUCUGGAUUACGUGGUGCGAAAGACCUUUAAAGACUAUGUGGCUCGCAUUGAUCCUGGCACUAACUUGGGUCUGAACACGGACUCCAUUACCUCCUAUCAUUUGGGAGAGGCCAAAAGGGGUCCUGAAAUGGGUUUCCCAGAGCUGUUGCCCUGUGGUUACAUCGUUGGCAGUGUGAGAACUUUAUACAUUUGCCUCCAGGGAGUGGGAAGUCUGGCCUUUGAUAGCCUCAUCCCGCGCAGCAUUGUCCAUCGGUAUAUAAGUCUGCUCACGGAGCACCGUCGCUUGAUCCUCUGUGGACCAAGUGGCACUGGGAAAUCCUACUUGGCCCGCCGAUUGGCUGAGUUUCUAGUAGCUCGAGCUGCCAGGGGAAAUCCGUCGGAGGCUAUUGCCACGUUUAACGUGGACCACAAAUCCUCGAAGGAUCUGCGUCAGUAUCUAGGACACAUUGCCGAGCAGGCGGCCAUUGCCAAUGGCGCCUCGGAGCUUCCCUCUGUGAUUAUUCUGGACAACCUGCAUCAUGCCUCCGCUUUGGGGGAUGUCUUCUCCUGUCUUCUGAGUGCAGGUCCUGCCAACAAGUUGCCCUGCAUUAUUGGCACCAUGUCGCAGGCCACUUGCAACACCACCAACCUGCAACUGCACCACAAUUUCCGAUGGGUUCUCACCGCCAAUCACAUGGAACCCGUAAAAGGUUUCCUGGGUCGCUUUCUUCGACGACGACUCUUCCAGUUGGAGCUGCAAACCCAGCAUCCUCAGCCCGAAUUGGCCGCAGUUUUGGCCUGGUUGCCCUCCGUUUGGCAGCACAUCAAUCGCUUCUUGGAGGUGCACAGCUCCAGUGAUGUGACCAUUGGUCCGCGGCUGUUCCUCGCCUGUCCUCUGGAUCUGAAGGACUCUCAGGUGUGGUUCACGGACAUUUGGAACUACCACUUGUCGCCGUAUUUGGUGGAGGCGGUGCGCGAAGGAGUGCAGCUCUACGGAAGAAGGGGAGGCGCCUGGAACGAUCCCUCUGCCUUCAUCAGGAACUCAUAUCCCUGGCCUUAUGGUCCGGAUUCGGUGCCACCAUUGCGGCAGAUAAAUGCCGAGGAUGUGGGACUCGAGGGCGUUGCCUUGACCAACGGGGAACAGCAGGAUCCCUUGCUCAACAUGCUGAUGCGCCUUCAAGAGGCUGCAAAUUACUCGGAGGCUCAGGAUCAGGAAUCCGAUUGCGCCAGUCUGGACUCCAAUAUCACACCAGAUAGUUCUGCCGGUGCCGAGUGAUCAGCUACAUAAACAACCACUUCAAACAUGCCAAAUUUAGAUGGACUUACUACGGAAAUUCGCAGGCCGAGGGCCUCAAACUUGCUGCUCUCACCACAAUCACUUCUCCCUGCACAAAUGAAACUACUUGCACUACUUUCGCUGCGAGGUUCAAAAGCAGUUCCAAGAGUUUUCCAUUUGCACCAACAUCCCAUAAACAUUUCUAACCACUCCCCGUCAUCUAGAGUAAAUUGCACUUUUUAGCGCACUUGUUAAAAAUGCAAAUUGUCCAAGCCACGAAAAACUGAAACUAAAGCACUAAAACCCCCAAAAAAAAUCUUGGUUCCGGCUGCGAUUUCCUAAACCCCAAAACUUGAGAGAAGAAACCUUUACUAACAUGAAAUGUUAAAGAACGUAAAACAAGAGAAUUAAUUAUUGUAUAUAUAGAACAAACUAAAUCCCUAUGCUUAAGUGCAAAUCUGCCCGGCGGUUUAGACUUUUUAUACCCUUUAUCCUAGCCCACGACCGGCAGAUCAUAUAAAUUAAAUUGCAACUAAUAUCUAACUCUACUGUAAAUGUAGCUAUAAGUUUUUGCUACUACCAAUUUACAAGAUGUAUAGUUGAAGGACAAAGCUUUCACUUUAGUUUAAUUAUUUGCGUAAUUAUCAUUAAAUAUUGUUACAAACAUAUUGCAUAUUUAUAAAGCCCAAUAAAGCAAAAUACCAUUUAAA